UCCAGAGACUCACGCAAAAUGGCCCACAUUGGAACUUUUCUUGCAAUCGCUCUGCUAGCAGUUGUGGCUAAGCCUACUUGCCCAGGAGGUUGUGCUGGUUGGAAGCUGGGAGGCUAGAAUGAUGUGAAAUAUGGUUCUAUUCAAAUACAUCCUGGCAUUGAAAAAAUAA